ACCCUUCCCCCUCCCGGUCCGAUCCCCGCGUAGACCCCUUCCUCUCCUCCGACUGCCCCCUUCUCGACGCUGCCAAGGGUACAUCCGUCGCAAGAACUACUGAUAGAAAAUUCGCCGCAAACCCCGUCGUUAUCGCAAGAGGGAUUCCUACCCGCCCUCUUGGUGGGAACAGAUAUGGAUCGUGAUCCUCAAUUCCUUCCUCCCCACUCCCUCUCCAGCUUUUCCAGACACUUUUCCUGACCCUAUUGGAUAUCAGACACCAUUCCCUCGAUCCUUUUCUUCCACGGGAUUUUUAGCUGUGGUGGUUGCAUCCAUAAACUCCACUUGUUGGCAAUUUCUUUCUGAGCUCCAUGAACCUCCCUCCUGACAAGGCCCGUCUCCUCCGGCAAUACGACAACGACAAGAAAUGGGACCUCAUUUGCGACCAGGAAAGAUUUCAGGUGAAGAACCCACCCCACACAUACAUUCAGAAACUGAAGAGCUUCCUUGACCCAGGAGUCACCCGGAAGAAGUUCCGUCGGAGGGUGCAGGAAUCCACCAAAGUACUGAGGGAGCUGGAGAUCUCUCUAAGGACCAACCACAUUGGGUGGGUGCGUGAGUUUCUCAAUGACGAAAACAAAGGCCUGGAUGUGCUGGUGGAUUACCUCUCCUUUGCUCAGUGCGCAGUGAUGUUUGAUUUUGAGGGUCUGGAAAGUGGCGAGGAUGGAGCGCUAGAGAAGCUGAAAUCCUGGAGCAGGUCCAUAGAGGAUCUGCAGCACCCCAGCACCCUGUCUGCACCCUACGCCAACAGCCUUGCUCGCUCUGCGCGCCAGUCUGCUCUCCGAUACACCACCCUUCCCAGCAGGAAAGCCCUCAAGAACUCACGGCUGGUUAGCCAGAAAGAUGACGUCCAUGUGUGCAUCCUGUGCUUACGGGCCAUCAUGAACUACCAGUAUGGAUUCAAUUUGGUCAUGUCACAUCCUCAUGCUGUUAAUGAGAUUGCCCUCAGCUUGAACAAUAAGAACCCCAGGACAAAAGCCCUGGUGCUAGAACUGCUGGCAGCUGUUUGUUUGGUGCGCGGUGGCCAUGAGAUCAUUUUGGCUGCUUUUGAGAACUUCAAGGAGGUUUGCAAAGAGCAACACCGCUUCGAGAAACUGAUGGAGUAUUUCCGCAACGAGGACAGCAAUAUUGACUUCAUGGUAGCCUGUAUGCAAUUCAUCAACAUCGUGGUACACUCAGUUGAGGACAUGAACUUCCGUGUGCACCUACAGUACGAGUUCACCAAGCUAGGUCUGGAGGAGUUCUUACAGAAGUCAAGGCACACAGAAAGUGAAAAGCUGCAAGUGCAGAUCCAGGCUUACCUGGACAACGUGUUUGACGUGGGCGGGCUGCUGGAGGAUGCUGAGACCAAGAAUGUGGCCUUGGAGAAAGUGGAGGAGUUGGAAGAGCACUUAUCACAUUUGACAGAAAAGCUGCUGGAUCUGGAGAAUGAGAACAUAAUGAGGGUAGCAGAGCUGGAGAAGCAACUGUUACAGCGGGAAAAGGAACUGGAGAUUGUUAAGGAAACGUACGAAAGCGCCAGCAACCAAGUGCAUACCCUGCGGAGAAUCAUCAAAGAGAAGGAGGAGGCUUUCCGGCGUCACUAUACCUCGCGACCAACGGUGGGUGACCAUCUGCCACUGCCACCACCUCCAGAGGUCGAGGUCAACUUCAGCGACAUCCCAGAGGAUGACCUCCGCCUCCCAGUCCUGCCUCCCAUGGAGGCUGCCCCUCCACCCCCACCUCCGCCUCCACCUCUUCCCCCACCCCCUCCUCCACUACCAGAUAAGUGUCCUCCAGCCCCACCGCUUCCUGGCACAUCCCCCUCUAUGAUCCUUAGUAUGGGCUUAUCAGCGAUCCGAAUUAAGAAGCCCAUCAAGACCAAAUUCCGCUUGCCGGUCUUUAACUGGACGGCACUGAAGCCCAACCAGAUUAGCGGCACAGUCUUCAGCGAACUGGAUGAUGAAAAAAUCUUGGAGGACCUUGAUCUAGAUAAGUUCGAGGAGCUCUUUAAGACCAAAGCCCAGGGCCCAGCCAUUGACCUCCUCUGCUCAAAGAACAAGGCAUCGCAUAAAGCAGCCAAUAAGGUCACCCUGCUGGAAGCCAACCGGGCCAAGAACCUUGCCAUCACAUUGCGCAAAGCAGGGAGGACUACUGAGGAGAUCUGCAAAGCCAUCCACACGUUCGACCUGAAGACGCUACCAGUGGACUUUGUAGAGUGCCUCAUGCGUUUCCUGCCAACGGAGAAUGAGGUUAAGUUGCUACGGCAAUACGAGAAGGAGCGGAAGCCGCUGGAGGAGCUAACAGAUGAGGAUCGUUUCAUGCUGCACUUCAGCAAGGUGGAGCGCCUGACGCAACGCAUGGCUAUUAUGGCAUUCCUGGGCAACUUCAGUGAAAACAUCCAGAUGCUCAUGCCGCAACUCAGCGCCAUCAUUGCUGCCUCGGCAUCUGUCAAGUCUUCACAGAAGCUCAAACGUAUGCUGGAGAUCAUCCUGGCCCUUGGCAACUACAUGAACAGCAGCAAACGUGGUUCGGUUUAUGGUUUUAAGCUGCAGAGUCUUGAUCUGCUGUUGGACACCAAGUCGACGGACCGGAAGCUAACACUCCUGCACUUCAUUGCCAUGAUGGUGAAGGACAAGUAUCCAGAGCUGAGUACCUUCUGGCAAGAACUGCACUUUGUGGAGAAGGCAGCUGCAGUAUCCCUGGAGAAUGUGCUGCUGGACGUCAAGGAGCUGGGACGUGGAAUGGAGCUGAUCCGACGAGAGUGCAGCUUGCACGAGCACAGCAUCCUGCGUAAUUUCCUGAGCGCCAGUGAAGGGAAGCUGGACCGACUACAGAAAGACGCAAAGACUGCUGAGGAGGCCUACAACACUGUUGUGCGCUAUUUUGGCGAGAGCCCCAAGACAACACCGCCGUCUGUUUUCUUCCCGGUCUUUGCACGCUUCAUCAGAUCCUACAAGGAUGCAGAGCAAGACAAUGAACUGCGCAAGAAACAGGAACAGGCCCAACGGGAGCAGGCAUUGGCCCAAGAAGCCAAGAGGCUGGAGAAGUUGCCUUUGCAGCGCAACAAGUGGCAGCAACAAGAGCUGAUUGCUGAGCUGAGGCGGCGGCAGGCCAAGGACCACCGGCCUGUUUAUGAAGGCAAAGAUGGAACCAUUGAGGAUAUUAUCACCGAAUCCUGCAUACCCUGCCUUUCCAAUAGGCUAAUGCUGCAUUCCCAACGGCCCAGACCUGUUUCUUUUUUGCCAAAGGAAAAAAAAAACUUCCAUCCUUUCAAAGAUUUUAAACUGAAGAACCAAAGGGACAUUUAGGAAGUGCCUUACUGCGACAGUAUUAUUGUUAUUCUCUUAUUAUUUAAGGUGUAUUUUUUAAUCUGUACAUAUAUGACAAUUCCCAUCAGCCCUUCGCACUGCUGCCCCUUGCUCAGUCAGCGCUGAACAGAUGAGACUGUUUGGGCUCUUUAGAAGAGCCUUUGGCCAGCAGGUGUCUGACUUCCUCCUUCUAAAGCCUCAGUCCUUUGAGCAGCUGGACCAAAAUUGCACUUUGACUUUUCAGCAACUUGUCUUUAGUGGAUGGCGAUGAUGGACAUCAUCACGGUUAGGUCCUGACACUAUGCAGUGGGGAAGGAGGGGGACAGUAUUUCCAGUAGUAGACCUUUGUGUAUGGUGCUAGUCUUGCAGACCAGCAAUGUUUUUCUGGAGCAGGCUUCAGCAGUGCAGUGGUCUUCUUGGAGCAGGCUGUGAACUGGCAUUGAGGAGUUUAAAAGGUAGGCUGUGGUGGCCUUUGGGGGGGGAAACCACUGGAACCCUUCUUCAAAAGAUAAAACCUUCAGACCCAAAGUCUCAGGUCUCAACUACCUGGUGUAGGCACAACAGGGAAGCGACAGUGGUGAGCCAACCAUUGGCUUAUCAUAAGAAAGAUCCUGGGCAGUUACAGGCAACUUUGGACACUGCCCAAGAUUAUAAAAAAAUAUUUUCCAGAGGACCAAAUUCUGCUUCCAGUUCAUGUGUGGUAUUUUAGAUACAACUCUCUUUUCAUUUACUGGACCAAACACCUUAACUCUCACCAGGACCAAUCUAGUAUGCCUCUUAUGUCCCCUUCAAGCCCUCAGAACAAGUGCCAUAAAGACCUGCCAGGGAUGGAUGGAUCAGUCUAGUUCUAGUCUCCAUCAAUUUUGCAUGUAUUCAUUCAUAAGUCUGCUUCUGCAUUAAUCUGUCUUUUUUUUUAAAGUACCAAAAUCCAUAUUUAAAUCUAUGUGUGCAUUUCUAAAUGCAUUUUAUCCUAAAUACAAUUUUUUUACGCAUUUUGGUACAUUGAUCUGAGAGCUUUUAUCACAAAAUUUGGAGAAAGUGCAAAAUCUGAAGGAGAAUUGCAUUCUGAUCUGUGUUUUAGUCCAUGAGGUGUGAAUUAGGUCAGUACACUUUAAAAAGUGGACCACAUAAAAUUCUCCAGCAUUCCUAAGGCCAGUCCCAAAAAUAUUUGGACACCUGCUGCCAAAAAACUAAAUUGUAGCCUGAGAAUCCUAAAGAAAUUAGGUGCUGCCUAGCAGGUAACCGAUUAAAAAGAAGUGAAGCAUUAGCACACAAUAGGGAGCCAUUUUGCGUCCUUUAAUGCCUUACAGACAAAAUGGCAUCCCUCUUGACUUUCCACUAAAUAACAUAGAGCAAUACCCACUAGACAGUUCACCAGUGCAAGUUUCAUUGAAAUGAGUGGAAUGAACUCAUUCAUUUUAGUGAGGUUUGCUGCAAAAACUUCCCAGUCAAUAUUACCUCAUAAGUCAAACUUUUAAGGGCGCCUGGAAUCAGCUGCCUCUAGCACCUGACUCAUCAUACUAAAAUGGUAGGACCACCACUGGCCCUUGUUCUUUAGCGGCUGAUUGCUGCAUUGCUGUUUGAACCUAGGCCUCAAAUGUUAGGCCAUGAUGCUUCUUGAGACAAUCAGAACAAGAGGACCCACUUUAAUAUCCUCUUAACCUGCUUUAAUUUUUUCCCUCGACCAAAGAUUAUUGUCCGUAAGUUAUUAGAGCUGCAGACAGCAUUAGGAUAAAGCCAUUUGACAAUGAAA